CGCAAGCAGUAAACUGCGCCGCACACAGAAACAGCAUUGGAUUGUGGGUAAAAUAAUAUCUUGUGUUUCCUGAAUUAGUUAUGGCAACAGUAGCAGAAGGUUAACGUUUAUAGAAAUAACGUUUUUUUUUUCUUCUUUAGUUUAGAAGUUCAAUUAUAUGUCAAUUCGCAUGAGACCGCAUCUUGUGUAGAACUACAGGUUGACAGCUUGAAAAGUUAUAACGGUAGCCAGCAAUGAGUUUGAACGAACACUCUUUGCAAGCUCUGUCAUGGAGAAAACUUUACUUGAGUCGAGCAAAGCUGAAGGCUACGAGCAGAACUUCAGCUCUCCUGUCGGGUUUCGCGAUGGUGGCUAUGGUGGAGGUGCAGCUGGAGCCAGAUCAUGUGUAUCCCCCAGGGCUGCUGAUAGCCUUCAGCGCCUGCACCACUGUCCUAGUGGCAGUGCACCUCUUCGCCCUGAUGAUCAGCACCUGUAUCCUGCCAAACCUGGAGGCCGUCAGCAACGUUCACAACUUGAACUCGGUCAACGAGUCACCCCAUGAGCGCAUGCACCGCCACAUUGAGCUGGCCUGGGCCUUCUCCACUGUUAUUGGUACCCUGCUCUUCCUGACCGAGGUGGUUCUGCUGUGCUGGGUCAAGUUCCUGCCCCUCAGGCGCCCAACUGAUAAUGGCACCAUCAGUUCUGGUGAGGCGGCAGCCAUUGCCUCCACCUCCAUCAUGGUGCCAUUUGGAUUGGUGUUUAUCGUCUUCGCUGUGCACUUCUACCGCUCUCUGGUCAGUCACAAAACUGAUCGUCAGUUUCAGGAGCUGGAGGAGCUGUCCAAUAUCACCCGGCUGCAGAACCAGCUGGACCACAGGGCAGAGACGACCAGUCUGCAGCCCUCCUCUGUCCACUUCCCCUAACGGGAAUUAGACAGCUGUAAGAAAUCUAUAAUGAAGCUUUUUUUUU